GUUUGUUCUUUCCUCUUUUUUUCCUUUUCUUUUCUUUUCUCACUUGUUUCUUCAAUUUCUUCUUUUUCGACGAUGAGUUCCCGUACAACGACUGUUCGUCCUACACGAACCACUACAAAAGCCGAUCAAAACCAAUCGACUUCACAACAACAGGAAUCAACUCCACCUCCAUCUCAAGACCGUUGUGCUCAUUGUAAAAAGUUUUUGCCUGCUGUCAAAGCAGAAUGUCGUUAUUGUCAUUUAAUCUUUUGUAUGGAACACAGACAUCCAGAAACUCACUCCACCGGAUGUGCUCAAAAAGCUCGAGAACAAACUCGACAACAAUUUCAACGCGAUUCAGGACACAUUCUCGCUGCAGAAGCUCAUGAUCGUGGCUCGACUCAUCGUCCUGGUUGGAAUAUCGAAGCUUCUCGUCAAGAAUUACAUCAACGUCUAAAUCAACGUGUUCAAACCCUUAAAGAAUCUUCGGGACGAUCUGGAUCUGGAUCUUCUUCUUCCAACUCUAACACAGGAGCAUCAUCUAAUACAAGUGGCACUGGAAGCUCAAAGAAAGGAAAAGGGUCUUCAGCAAAGAAAUCCAAUAACAAACCAAAGACUUGGGGAUCAGGUGGUGUUCGGUUGGGAGGCGUACCUGGCUCUGGAGCCGGGGCUGGGACUGGAACUGGAACUGGAACUGGAACUGGAAGUGGAGCUUGAGGAUCAUCAAGAGAUGGAAAACAGGCUCAAUAACUUGAGCUUCACUUUAAGCCUUUUUGAUUAGCUUUCCAAUCAUGUAUACGUAUAUACCCAUAGUUGAAC